CGGUCACUUUUGACACUUGCCCACUUCCAGACUGGAAAGCAAGCAGGUUGAUUAUUGGGAACCAGCACCGCGCUAGGAUACAGACAAUGAUGAGGCGGUGAAGUGAAUAAGCUAAUGAAAGUGUAAUUCGCCUGUUAAAUUUAUACACAUUUUAACGACUUCUUGGUGCAAAAAAAAAUGACGACGACCACGACAUAUCAAGGGAUGGAGCCCGGCUCCAAAAGCAGUUCCAGGGUUUUGCGCCCUCCUGGCGGCGGCUCCAACUUCUCACUCGGUCCAGAUGAGGAGAAGGCUCCCGUCCGGAAAGACAAGAUGGCCUCCAGUGUUUUCGCUGAGCCAGAGGACCCCUACGCUAAUCGAAGGAACAAUCCACCAGGUGGGAAGCCCACAGGUGUACUUUGUGGUGAGUCGUCAGCCCCCCUGAGGAGAGGAGGGAACCAGACCACCAACAACUCCGCAGACGCCCCUGCCACAGAUGGAGAAAAUUCUGUACGCGAAUACGUUCCGUGCCUCCCUGCCUGUUCAGAGAACAGUGCUCCUGAGCCUGAACCAGUUCCAGAGCAGAAGGAAGAGGCCCCUCCGGCUGACGACACCGCUGCAGGAGUAGCGUCCGGUCGCAGGAAUCCCCCCGGGGGCAAGUCCAGCCUCAUCCUGGGUUGAAUCCCAGCCAGCUACCCAUCCCUACAUCCACUCAUCUCUGAACUCGUCUUAUUUUUAUUUAUUUUUUUAAACAAGGAACCCCGGCCCAUUUGUCUGUACCGCAGGAAUCCUAUCUGAUGUCCAACAGACACCAGUUUCCUCCACAUCCCCAAGUGCAUUGUUUUGAUACCUCUUUUUUGAAAACCGUUUUGUACUGUUUUUAUUGUUUGUUUGUUUUGACAGAAGCACUUUAUGUAUUUCUAUGUAGACAACGUCUGCCUUUGCCCCCUGUAAUGCACUGGAUGUGCCUAACAGGGUACAAGGAUCACAUUUCUCAUAUCAGAUACUGAUAAAUUAAUCUCCCCUAAAUUUAUUGCGACAGCACAAGCUGUAUGUGAAGCAGUUUCCAGAACACAAGCAAAUAAAAAAAGCUGUCACUUUUGCACUGUGUUCAGUUUUGAUCCAUCUUGCAUGCACGUCUGGUCUGUAACGUAUGAAUGUGAGAAGAAACGUAACUGUGAAGAUUUUUUUUUAUUUAUUUAACCUGUUUUUUUUUUUGUUUUUGUGGAAUAAUUGUUGUAUUGUUGUUGCAUGAAGUUGGAAACUUUCUACUGAUUAUAUUAUUAACCACUUAGAAGCCAAAUAGGAGCCACAUAAAUUACUGUCAUUGUGAUCUGAAGGAUGCAAACAUUUGUCUUCAGAUGAGUACUGUAGGUCCCAUGUCGGAAUUGGAAUAAGCCUUUUUUAUAUUGUAGUCACUAGAUUAUUGUAACCCCAGUGCCGGUUUUGAGUGCCCCAUGUUUUUAUAGGUAAAUUUUACUCUGAAAUAAAGUGUGCCUGUUUGUGUGUUAGGCUACAGUAUCAAAUAAGGUUGGGUUUCCCCUAUUGCAUCCUACCAGUAUCAACGAGACCUAGUAUCUCCAUUGGGAAUCAAUGGAAUGUUGUUCCUGAGUGUUUCCGGAAAAACCCAUCCUAGAUUUGACAAGUGACCUUAUGACAGCUCAGCCUUUUUUCUAUGUUUUACCCCCCUCAUACAUGUGUUUAUCAUCAUGCUCACUGGAAAUAUACAACAGUCUUUUUGUACAUCUCUUUGUCACAUUAUUUAAACCAAAAUUCAAAACUCCCUCCUGCUUCUGUCUUGUUGAGUCGCGUGUGUGACUGCUGUGUCAGCCAGCCGUCAUGCAAGAAUACCAACAUUUCAGGUACAUGAAAUGUAAUAUUCCUGUGGUGUCUUAUUUUUAACGUCUGUUAUGAUGCAAAAUGUGUGUUUGCAUCCUAUACCAAUUCCUGUUGCUGGAUGUAAGUCACUGCAGAAAUUUGAAAUCAAGAAAUGGCACAAGUGGAAAUGAACAUUAAAAAUCAAUUUUGACCAUG